AUGCAGCAAAUAGCAGUUGAAGAGGAUCCUAAAAAUAAAUCAUCCAAAGGGUGUUUUAGUGCAGUAAAAGGCUACUGGAGAACAUUCACGGAAUAUUCUGGAGAAAGCACCAUUCAUUCGGUCAACUACAUUGGCAAACGAGACGCUCAUUGGGGUACGAGAUUAUUUUGGAUAUUUUGUUUUGUUGUCUCUUUGAGUGUAUGCAUUUAUUUGGGCACUCAAACGUAUAUCAGAUGGAAGAAUAAUCCCGUCAUUAUGGCUAUUGAUCAAGUUCAAACUCAUGUUUCGGAUAUUCCAUUUCCAGCGGUGACAUUGUGUGCUUCAAAUGAAAAAAUUGAUGAAGAAAAAUUCAACCUGCCUGAUAUAGUGCAACGUUAUGCUAACAAUCAGACUUUGACACGACAAGAAGAAGCUAUGAUUAAGCUGCUUGAUGAUAUUAAAAAAGAAUGGACAAUUCAUGCCUUAGAUGACGAUAUAAAAAUUUAUGAUCCGAAAUACAAUUUAACAAGCAAAGAUUACAUAGACAAUCUUAACAAUAUAACUAGGGAAUUUAUAACUUCUUUGACAUAUAGGAAAGUCGAAAAAAAUGGAUCAGAAGUGUUUCGUCGAACAAUUUUUGAAGAGAAUCUUUGCUUCACUUACAAUAUGAUCGAAGACGAUGACAUGUUCACGGAAAAGAUCGCCGAAACUUUGAUAGAUCACGGCGAAUAUGAUUCUCAGUAUGUUCCGAAGAGUGGCGAAGAAUAUCUACAGAGGGUCAAGUCAGCGAGAAUUACCCAAUCAAUCAACAUACGAAUUGCAUUGGAUAACACAGAUAAUUUAGCAAACAUGACAAGCAUUUUCAUGAUAAUCCACUCUCCUUAUAAUUAUCCGAAAUACUCCAUGGAUUUCAUUCCAAUUAAGCUUGGUGCAAUAAAUAAAAUACUGAUUACCCCACAAAUUAUCCAAACAGAUGAAGAACUCAUAAAAUAUAAACCAAAAGUUCGUGAAUGCAUCUUUGGAUAUAAAACAAAAUUGGAAUUUUUCAAGAACUACACUCAAUCAAAUUGUGAGUUGGAAUGCGAAACGCACUAUUUAUUACAGAAAUGUAGUUGCGUGUUAUUCCACAUGUUACAUAAUGAAAGCACGAGAAUUUGUCAGACAGAAGACGAAAUUGAUUGUGCAGAUAACGCAACUGAUCUUUUCCAUUAUACGGAAAGAAGGCUUAAAAGGUGCAAAUGCCUUCCACAUUGCAAUGAGAUCACUUACUCGAUGUCGAUGACUCAUUAUGAAGGAAAAAUUACACGUGAUGAAAGCUAUGAGAGUGUGAUCGUCCUUGGCUACAAAACCGAUCGAUUUGUGGCUUUGAAACGUCAAGAAGUUUUUGGCUUAGUCGAAUUUUUAUCAAGCAUUGGAGGAUUUUUAGGACUAUUGAUGGGAGGAUCGUUGCUGUCAUUGAUUGAGAUAUUUUAUCAUUUCUUUAUGAGAAAAUGCUGCAAGGAAAAGGGUGAUGAUCAGGAGGAGACAAGAUUGAACAAUGAUGAAAAUGGAGCAGCAGAUAAUGGAGCAUUUAACAGAAAUUGA